UGGAGGUGAGAGAGCUGUGGCCUAACCACUAGUCCUCCAGGGAUCCUUUGUAGCUAUAUGCACUUGUGAAGAAAAAAAUGCUACAUUGUGUUCCAUAGACACGUACAUACCCCAUGUACAUGUUCAAAUUGGAUACUAAUGCAGGUAUCCAAGCUAAGCCAGUCUCUUAGCUUGUGGAGUGGCCCCCAGAUUUGUGUUACGCAUUUACAUUUAUUCUUUGGCAGUUGCUUUUGAAUACAAAUCAACAUCUAUGCUGUUUUAAAAUUGAAUGUUUUUCUAAAGGGUCAGAAGAGGCUUUCUUUAAGUCAUAGAAUUUGAAUCAAAACAUCUCAGUCACUAGUGCAUAUCAUUAAUCACUACUCAUUGUAUGUUAAUAUAAUAUUAUACUUAUUUGUUAUACUUAGCUAGUUGUAGCAGAGGGAGGACCAAUGAUGGCAUAACUAAUAACUGUACUGCAUGAACUACUGUGUUAAAUCAAUAUGGUUAAACUCAGUUUGAUGAAAAUGCAGUUUGCCUUCUAAAUCAUGACUGACUGUAGGCAGAGGUUUUUGCCUAUUGCCUUUUCUUAUUCUUGCAAAAUGUUUAUGGUUUGUUUUGAAUGUUGGUUGAUAGUCAUCUGGCACUAAAGUAAUAAUGUGUGAAACAUCCUAGAUUAUUUGAUGUCCCAUAUAAACUGCAUUAUUGAUUGAAUUUAUCAUGUCUGGAAUAUAAGCUAUUUUGGUGUAUAUGUACAUGUGAGCUCAGAUGAAACCACAUGUUCAUGCGUCUCCUACAGGUUUCUCUGCACUGUCCUUGAGCUCUGCCAUAUUAAUGAGCAAAGCGCCAAAAGAGGAGUCUUUAUCUGAGCCUACACUCGUCACCUCUGUAUUCAUUUUAUAACAGCUGUCUGAGGAGCUCUGUUCCAUUUCUAGGACUGUUAAUAGUCUGACUAGGUCUCUCUGAAAUACUAUCAGCAGCUCCCGUUUUCCAGUGUUGCAAGAGAAAGUCUGCUCUUUCUGCAAGUCUGCUCUUUUUUAUAAGUCUAACCUCUGCUUAAACCUUUGGUUGUGGAAGUGGGUGGAAAUAAUUUGCUAUGUUGAUAUUGUACUUCACCUCUUGAAUGACAUGUGACUUGACACACUCUUUUUCUUUGUGUGUUCAUAGAACCUUGUGUAUUUUGUUUCCUAUUCACUUGUCUCUUUCGUGUCAACACUUGUACUCGUAUUAGUUAUGUGCUUACUCAGCUGCCUCUCUCUGAAGGACACGUGCAAACCAGAGCUUGGUGAAAUCCUAGACCAGUAUGAUUUAUACAGUUUGAAUAUAUUUGCGACUUUUGAAUAUAUUUACGUUUUCAGCUUGAAUCUCAUGUUGAAUCUCAUUUCUCGUUCCCCCCAGUCACCAACAAAGCUAUUUUGAUUGUCAUAAGUGCUGAUGUUUGAGAUAUAUGCACAGUCACCUUGGUGGAAUUAGGUGAGGAAAUUACAUUGUGCAAAUGGGGUAAAAUGGGUGUGUAUAUCCUCUCCACGUCUGGGCCACCUGCCCUUGCUUUUGGCUUAGAUGCAGCAAAGAGUGUUGACCUUAACAGUUAUAGCACCCGCCAUCAGAUGCAAAUUAAGCAUUUCCUCUUGGAACAUAGAUACUUGCCAAAGUGGAGGGGAGUGGGUGCUGUGAGUUAGUGUGCGUGGGUGCUAUUUAUCUGAGGCCAAAAUCAGUGUUCUUCAUCUGACUCAUAAGACACACACUGUUUUAAAAGGGCAGAAACAUGUGCCCUAGGUUGACACACAACAUUAAAUGUUGUUUUUUUUCCUCCGACGCAUUUUAAUACAUUUGCACCAUUGCACAAAUCUUUGUUUGAAAUGGCUUUCUUAGGAGGUCUGGGGGACUUCGGUGGAAUGAAGUUCCUCUGAACGAGCGUGACAGUAGUGAAUAUAGUAUCAUGAUAAUUUCCUAAUCACGGCCAGUGUUCCCAGAAUAGGCUUCACGAUCCACCUGACCAGCAUUGCUACAAUUGCCUAAGCUUUUAUCAUGAUUUAUUAUGAUAUUGAUUGAUUAUUAUGAUACUCUAAUAAUAAAAUACAUUUAUGUCUACUGGACUUAUUUCAGCAUUUUAUUUAAAACUUGCUUUACUUUAUAUUAGGGACACUGUUCAAAGUGUCCUUGUGUCAGCCUCUAGCAAACCAACCAUAACAAGCUGCUUGAAAUGAGUCCUUCCUGAUAGCACCUAACUACAUCUGAACUUCACUAAGCACCAUUGUAACUACAAUUGUAAUUGUGUAUUGUGGGGUCAGAUGAGAGAAAGAUCACACUUUAUGGCCAUAAAUGAAGUGGCUUCAUUCAUUCAUUGUUUCAGUCAUUCAUUCGUCUUCAGUAACUGCUUUAUCCUGGUCAGGGUCAGGGUGAAUCCAGAGCCUAUCCUGGUAACACUGAGUUCAAGGCAGGAGAAUUCACCCUGAAUGGGAUGCCAGUCCAUCCCAGGGAACUACGCAUACACACGUUCACAAACAUAGCAUAGCCAAACCCACUCCAGUGUUCAGUGGAAAGGGAACACCAUAGGGCCACCAGUGAUCAGGAAUGUGGCUGGCCGACUCUGUGAAGCAGUGACUCUAACAUGUUAGUAUGUCUGGUGCUAGUGCAAAUAUAUCAGGCAGAGCAGUGUUUAUUGGAUAUUAAACACCUCAGUGGGUUAAAAUACAGCAGUCCUGUGGUAAGAAAGAUUAACAAAAACUGUUACUGUAAAAAGAUGAGCUAUGGUCUCUAGCUGUAAACGAACAAGGUGGACUAGGUGUGUAGCUGUAUAGGACUACGUGAUGAUGCAUGAGAUGACUAUGCAACAAAUGCCUUAAGCUUUACUAGACACGUAAAAUAUUUGGACUGUAUACUGACGAAAGAAAUGUAAAUUGUCUGAGGUGCCUAUUUAUGCAAGAGCAUGCUUGUGAUGUUUCUCGCUUAUUUUGAGUGGCUAUAACAAGUGGAUAGCUGAAAUAGAAUUGUAUAAAAAGAUGUAGUUUGAUUCACUGAAAUGCUAUUUAACUGUCGCUUAAAAGAGGUAUCAGAUAUUACUCAUGUCCUUACAAGUAAUCAGAACUGUCUCUUUGUCCACAAGCCAAAGAUGAUCUCCUAGUAUCUUCAGUACAUUUUGAGCUUCCCUGUUUGUAGCUUGUCUUCCCCCCGAGCUUGGGUUGAAGGUUUUGGCCCAGGAUCACCAAGGUGACGGGUCUCAUGACAACAAAUCUGUUGCCAUCAGCUAACCGUGUCCUCCCCCUUCUUACCCCCAUUUUUCCAGGAAGAAUGCCAUGAUUACUAAACGCACUGGGGUGGUGGCAGUGGCCCUGGUGGAGCAGUAAUUGUCUGUGUAAUGAUAAUGGGUUGAGUGUUGAGUGCUGGAUGAAGAGGCUCUAAUCACAGGCUGUCGUGUGGGCGAAGCUUUUGACUCUUUUGGUUUUUAACAUAUUAAAGGCAGCCCUGCACUUAGUAAUUCAUUCUGUGGUUAAAUAUGAACCUUGGACUGUGUUGAGACCCAGAGAGGUGAGUGAGAGGGCUGGAUUGACCCUGUGAGUGGAGGUCACAUGAGUGGAGUUGUGGGCUUGAAAAGGUACUGGUCCCGUCACAGAAUUUAGUUCUGUUUAGUCCUGUUAUAGUUAAAGGUGUGUAAAUUGGUUAAACUUGAAGAUAAGCAUAUAUUUUUAUGAUUUAUCUCAGAAGAGGAAAACCUUUCUUGACUAGGCCAGAUUCUAGUCUAGAACUUGCUGUCAGUGAGUGGGUGAUGUCAUUUUGGCUCAGUUCUGUGAAUGAUUUGCUUUUGAUGUCAGCCACGAAAAUAAAAAAUAUAUAAAUAAUAUUCAUGUUUGUGUAGCCUGUGAAUAGCACUAAUAUGCAUCUGGUCAGGAGGCCUUUACAAACUUUGACUAAAAAUAUACAAAUCCUGACCACUGGCUAAAAAAAGAUUAUGUCUUGUAACGUAUUAGGAGUAUCUGACCACCAUCAAUAGCCCCAGCAUUUAUAUUUUAUCCCCAGUUGGCUCUCCAGGCAGAGGGCAAGAAGAGAGUCCGUCUAGACACGUGACAUCAUUAACCUGCUGUGACCCUGGCUACACCAAUGAUAAAUUCAGUCUCACAUCUCCCCAGUCCACUAGACCAACUUUACCUUCUCCGCUCCACCCCCACCUACCCCAGCCACAAAUAGUCUACCCCCACUCCUUCUCCCUUGGGCCAUUCUUUAGGGACACCUGACUCCCAGGGCCUGGAUGGUCCAGUACAGUUAGUGGCCCCUACCUCCUUCAUGCAUAGACCAACAACGAGGUAGCUGUAGCUUUCUCCCAGACUGCUGAAUAAUUCAGGGCGUCUGGGCCUGCGUCUGGCCCUGGGCCAUGAGGCAGCACAUGCAUGUGUUUGUGCGACUGUGAGUGUGCAGGCUUUGCAAGGAUGCACACAGAAGGGCAGGGGUUAAUAACAGGUCUACUCCCCCCUGUGUCAGCAGCUGCGCCCUCCACAUAUGAAAGAAUCCUGUUCUGUUGAUUAGAUUUUUUCAAAAGGAAUCAAUUUUUAAUCAGCAGAGCAUCUGACUACGGUCAAUAAGCACGUCGUAGACAAGACAGUUUCUGGACACGAGUCUUUAUUUACAGGACUGUUUGUCUUUCUACUGUAUGCAGAUUUCCAGACAGGAAAUGACCAUGCCAGUCCUCAGCUUUAUUGCUGAGGACACAACAUUGCAUUCUAGAAGUAUUAAUUUAAGCCUCAGAGAAAUUACGGUUCAAUGAAUGUUUGCGUUGGGGUGUUCUGUUUUGUUGUUAUUGGAUAUGGGUACCAGAGAACUCCAAAUAUAUAGGCUUAGGAUUCACUUGUGUUUUGUUAGUAUUUGUAUUUGUGUGUAUAUAUGUAUGUAUACACACUCAUACAUAUAUACAUAUACAGUCAGGUCCGGAAGUAUUUGGACAAUCACAGAGUUUUUGUGAUUUUGCCUUUAUACACCACCACAAUGGAUUUGAAAUAAAACAAUCAAGAUGUGAUCGAAGUGUAGACUUUCAGCAAAAAUAUGGCAUUCCCUCAUUACUUCAAGACAAAUUAACUUGUACCAGAAUGAUGGGAAAGAAAGGAACAGCUCAUGAUCCAAAGUAUACCACAUCAUGUGUCAAACGUGGUGGAGGCAGUGUUAUGGCAUGGGCAUAUGGAAUGGGCUCACUGGUGUUUAUUGAUGUGACUGCUGGCAGAAGUAGCAAGAUGAAUUCUGAGGUGUAUAGGGCUAUACUCUCUGCUCACAUUCAGCCAAAUGAUAUAAAACUGAUAGGACGCCGCUUCACAGUGCAGGUGGAUAAUGACCCUAAACAUACUGCGGAAGCAUCUCAAGACUUUUUGAAGGCAAAGAAAUAGAAUAUUAUUCAAUGGCCAAGUCAGUAGCCUUAUCUCAACCCGGUAGAGCAUGCUUUUCACUUACUGAAGACAAGGUUGAAGCCAGAAAGGCCCACAAACAAGCAGCAACUGAAGGUGGCUGCAGUGAAGGCCUGGCAAAGCAUCUCCAGGGAGGAAACUCAGAAGUUGAGUUUUGAGAACAUGGGCUCCAGACUUCAGGCAGUCAUUGACUGCAAAGGAUUUUCAUCCAAGUAUUAAAAUUAUGGUUAUAUUUACAAUUAUGUCACUUUGUCCAAAUACCUUUGAGCCCCUGAAAAUGGAAGUACUUUGCUGAAAAUGGCUGUAAUUUCUAAAUGUUAAAUGCCAUAUUUUUGUGGAACCUCUUAAAAUAAAGCUGAAAGUCUACACUUCGAUCACAUCUUGAUUGUUUUAUUUCAAAUCCAUUGUGGUGGUGUAUAAAGGCAAAAUCACAAAAACUCUGCCAUUGUCCAAAUACCUCCAGACCUGACUGUGUAUAUAUGUAUGUAUGUAUGUGUGUGUGUGUGUAAACAUAUGUAUGUGUGUAUAUAUAUAUAUUUUUUUUUAAUAAAUACACAUACACACACAUACAUAAUGUAUGUAUGUCCAUAUCCAUGAGGAACAGGCAUGUUAAUGCUGCCAUCAAAUUUUUGAUGUAACUUUAAAUAAUGCGAGUCAUACACUAUUAUGGAUUCUGUGUUAGUUAUGGGCUUACUAUGUAAACACACCUACUCAUAUUAGAAUGAUUUGUGUCUCUCAAUACUGCUGAUGCUGAAGACCUUGAGGUGACCACAGUAACUGUGUGAGCAUGGUCUUUUUGCAUAUUUACAGAACUGUCAACUAUAAAUGGAUCCCAUUCACUUUGAAUUAAAUAAGGGAAACUGCUAUUAAAUUGUUAUUAAGCAAGAUACCCGUCUUGUUACCUUGGAAUAAAACUUGAUUGGACAGGCUGUUAUAGAAAACUGAUCAUUGACAAGGUGGUGUGAUACUCCCCUGAAGAAUUGUACAUCCUGAAGUGUUUUGUGCUUAUAAUUAUAUAUGCCAAAGUACAAAUGAUAACAUUUUUAUUGAUUAAAGAUUUCCACAUCAUGUCAGUUUAUUCAUUCGUUUAUUCCUCUUCAGUUACCACUUUUAUCCUGGUCAGGGUUGCAGUGGAUCCAGGGCUUGGGAGCUCUGUGUGCAAGGCGGGAAUAUACACGCCAGCCUGUUCCAGGGUACCAUGCACACACAUUAACAGUCAUUCAUACCUAGGAACAAUUUAGUGUAGCCAGUCCACCUACUGACAUGUUACUCUAUAAAUGAUAGCGUAUUAGAACGAAGACAUUAAUAUAAACCUGUGAUUUGAUCUACAGGCACAAUUGUCAGAGCUGCUUUUACAGAAAAUUAGAAAAUACCACCUUCUGACCGAUCAAAAUAGAGAAUUAACAAGAAAAACUCACCCUUAGCAUUCUCAGUGCUAUUGAAUCUUUUCAUCUUUCUUUCUCUCAUUCUCUUUCUUUAACGCUAACUUUUUUUUUUUUGGACUGCUUACUGGAAACUUGAAAACAUAUCUCAGACAUGUUGGAUUAGAAGGACAGUUGCCAGACCAUCACGGGUAGGUUGUGUCUGUGCAUCAUGUAGUUGGUUGUGGUGUCUCUCUCCUUUCUUUCUCCUUGCUCAUUUCUUGCCUGUAAAUAAAUAAGCCCUUCUUGCUUCUUUCUCAGAACUUUGUCAUCUUGUUAAAGUGCCCUACUUUUAACAAAGUGCUGCAAUAAAUCAGAACACCACUUUCCCCAUGCAUGCAGAAAUAAUAAAUAUGUACAGUGUGUUUGAAACCCACUUUGGGUAAUUAACCAGGAUUGUCAGUGACAUUAGGCAGAAAAGCUAUUUAAGUCAUUUUGUAGAGAAAAUAUAACAGAAAUAAAAUAAAGCUACUCAUAUUGGGCUGUGUUGAUUGACUUAAUCAACUUGCAGGGUUAUAAAUCAUAGCAGUCAAGUGAAUUUCUCAUAUUCACCUUCUCUUGAAAGUUUAAAAAUAGCAACACCUAUGAAGUAGAAUGGGUUUCAUUGUACCAGUGCAGUGGCCAUAUUGAGAAUGCAGUGCAGGUUUGUGGAGAUGGUGCCCCCCUCUGGCUUUUCAGUUGCUUAUAUACUUACUCAAGUUCUUUUGUUUCUCAGUAAGUCAAACCUCCAUAAUGACACUGUUGGUUUCUUCAGCCUUACACCCACAUAAUAGUGGUUAGUGUGACUCUACUGUCCAGUCUUUCCACAAAAAAAUCCAUUUUUUAAUAAAAAAAAAUUAAUGCAAAAAAAAAAAAAAGCCUUACAUAAAUUAUACUGGUACAGUUUUAUACAAAAUUAAGUGCAGAAUUAAAAACAUAGUUAGUGGAGUUAGCAUCUUUCCCAGAAACUUUGAGCACAGUUAGCCGCAGCACUGUUUGACUUGGGCCUCUUUGAUAUGUGCUGUAGUUCUUCAGGGAGUCAUUUGGACCAGUGCAAACAAAAUAUUCACAAUUAUUAGCUUGGACUAGGAGUAAUGGCCAUGAGGAAGGAGUUCACUUUGAGAACAUGGUAGCUGUUCAUGGCGUGACUGCCAGGGGCCUAUGGCCUACAGCAGGGAGAGAACCUAAGGCUGUCUCAUGCUUCAGGGCCAAAACAACUCCUCUUCUGAUUGACUCCCAGUUCCUUACGAUUGCAUCAUGUAAUAAAGUUAAGGAAAGUAGAAAAAGGGCUGUGAAUGGUUCAUUAUAUUUAAUGCAUGGGCAAAUUACAUUGCAACAGCAUAUGAGUCACAGAAACACACAAAAUCGUAAGAAUAUUACAUCUUUAUUUUUACUUCCUAUAAGGUAAUAAGGAGAUGCAAAUGCUGGGAAAUUUGCAUGUAAAGGAUGCAGUGUUGUCUGAUAGAAAAUAUGCAUAGACUGAACGCGUUUCCCAAUAUUUUGGUUCAUUACUAUUGCUGUUUAGCAAACGUUUGUCAUGUAAAAAGAAGCACUAUAAUUAUAUUAAUUACUGACCUAUUGAUAGGUUUAGCUUCUUUAUGUUUUUUGUUUUUUGUUUUUUCAGCUUACUUCACUACAAAGUAUGUGUCCACUCCAUAUAAAUUAGGUAUAAAAUGAUAUCUUAAUCCAAAUUAUUAACAUAUUUUUUAAUCAUAUGUUUGUUUUAGAAUUAUGCAUUAAUUUACAAGAAUAAAUGCGUAAUUCUAAGCUGUUUCCAGUAGAUUGCUGUUCUUAAGGUAGCAGUACUUAAAAACCUUUUACAGGUAAAUUAAUGAAUGAUGUUUACAGUGGAUAUAAAAAAUUGCAGGUUUUUGUGAUGUAAAAAAGAAACCAAGGUAAAUCAUGUCAGAUCUUUUCCCACCUUUAAUGUGAUAUAGCAACUAACAAAAUUCAAGUGAAAAACAAAAAGAAAUGUUUUAGGGGAAAAAAGAAACUGUUAAAUAAUCUGGUUGAAUAAGUGUGCACAUUCAAAUCUUCAAAAGUAAUUUUCAUACACCUGUCUUCAAUUAAGCGAUUCUGAUUAACCCCAGAUAAAGCUCAGACAUUAAAGGAGCUGCAGCAAUAUCUGGCAGGUACUGGUCACUCCCUGCAUGUGACAACAAUGUCUUGUAUUCUUCACAUAUAUGGGCUAUGGGGUAGGGUGAAAAAAAAAAAAAAAUCCAAGCUUGCCUAAAUUUGGCCAAAACGUAUGUACAGGUGCCUCAAACCAUGUGGCAAAAUAUGUUAUGGUCUGAAGGGAUCAAGGUAGAACAUUUUGGGCAUAAUUUUAAAAGACAUGUUUGGAACAAAAACAAGACAGCUUAUCACCCAAAGAACACCAUACCUGCAGCUGAGCAUGGUGGGGGUAGCAUCAUGCUGUGGGGCUAGUUCUCUUCAGCUGGGACUGGGGUUCCAGUCAAGAUAGAGGGAAUCAUGGAUAGCUCCAAAGACCAGUCUAUUUUGGCACAAAACCUGCAGGCCUCUGUUAGACAGCUGAAGAUGAGGAGUGAAUACACAUUUGAAUAGACCUGCUGUGUGUAGUUUGUACAGAUGUACCAGUAGAUUCCAGAGGGAUGUAGUGUGCACUCCCUUUUUUUAUCAUAAGCCUUUUAGCUCUGUUUCAAUAGACAUGGAGCCUGGUAAGAGUACAUCCAGAGAGGAAGUGCUGCGAUCCGGGCUUGGCGUCAUGCCACUGACAACGUCUUAUUUACUGUCCAGAUGGAUGACUCAUUUUAUGCACCUUAUCGUAAAGCAUUUGGAUUUAUGGUAGGUAAUGGGACAGGGGGGAAUACCCCAGGAGAGGCUCUAAUUGAAGCCAAAUACUCUUCCUCGUGUGGAUUACCUCUACUAGAGAAUCUCCAUCCAGAGAAUGUAGAUGCAAACUUGCUGAAGAAAAGUUAAUAUUUCUGUCUGACUCUCAGAGAUGGUAGACAGUCUAAUAAAAGCAUAGGUCAGUAAAAGGGUGGUGUGUUAAUGGGUAGCUGUUUGGUGGUAAAGAACAGGUUAUGGCUGACACAUGGUGACCCAGGCAGCAAUAACAGCACCUCAGCUACAUGUACUCUGUGUGGGAGUUGGAACAUUAGGUUCAGACCAUAAGAGGAUGGAGGAGUUCCUUCAGUGCAUGAUUGUUCGCUGGUCUAUGUUCUCAAGUGGUGACCCUACAUUAGCUUUAAUAUUCACAUGUUUUAGCAGCCAUUGGUCAGGAAUAAAAAUGAUUUAGGAGUCUUGGAAAAAAGACAGGAUGUUGGCAAAAAUAUUUUCCUUUUAAAUUGCUGUCUGUUCAUUCCUUUGCUGUCUUAUGACACUGACAUUUCAGGAUACGUUUGCAAUUAUUAUAACUAAUCUAAAUAUGAAAAUACCCUAGUGAGUGAAGUAAAACAUAAAUAUGGUGAGUGAAUGAGGUGGUUCUACCUUCUGUUCUGUGAAUGGAUACAUUUUUGAACAUAUGAUUAUGGUCUUCAAAAGAUGAAUUGGUGGUGGGAGAUUUAGCAUCAGCAGUCUCAUGUCUGGCUUAUAGUUAGUGUUCAGUUUGACAAGAGGCUUACUGAACUUCCUUCCAUCAUUAUGGAGUUGGUACACUAGUGUUUGGCAUGAAUAAUCAGCCUUUAAUGGAAAUCUGCUAUUCACUUUUCAUUUCCUUUUAUAGCUGUUUGUGAGCAAACAAAACUUAAGGAAUAGGCUGCAUAUCAAACUCAGCGGCAUGUUUUAGAUUUGUAUUUUUGACCAUUUUAUAUUUUAUUUCUUUGUUAAAUAAUGUUUCUGAUCUGGUUCAGUCAGGACCAGCAUUUAUGUUUCCUGAUGCAGCAAAGUAAUAAAGAUCAAAUUCCAUUGUGACUUGUAGCUUCUCAGCUUGGUGUGCCAGACUGAAGCAGACAUGAGAGGGAAAGAGGAGAGAAAUAUGUGCUUAUUAUAAUACUGUCUUUUUUCAGGCAAGUGUACUCCCAAAAGUAGCUCAUGUGUGCAUGGUGUAAAUGGAAAAUUUCAUUGUUAUGUGUGUGCUGUUUAAUCCAAUAAUGAUCUGAUGUAACAAACUGCUCUAAUAUCUCUCAGCAUACUUAAUCAGAGCGGACUUAGCCCUGUCGCUUUUUAUUAACCUCUGCUGAAAUGGGAGAAGGGCUUCACUAAUCUGCAAUUGUUGUCUCUGGCAGUCUAAAGAAAGCACAAAACAGACUUGGUGGUUGGCGAAAAAGAAAAGGUAUAUAAUGGCAUGAAGACUGUGGCACUAUUUGAGCCUGUUAAAUGAAAUAAUGUGUACAGUAGUUCUUUUUCUGGGCAAUUCUGUUUGAAUGACUGGUGCAUAGUAAUUCAGUGAGAUCCCCACCCCCCAUUCUCACUCUCUGUGCUUUAGCACCCUUUCCACCAAUUCCCCCAUGUGUCGGUUCUCUUCCCCAAAGGGAAUUAGCAAUGCAAUUAAAACCUAAUGACCUUUAAAUCAAGGCGCAUGCCAUUUAGUGUCUCUGUGCAUGUGUCCAUGUGUGUGUUUGUAUGCAAAAGCAGUGGAAAUGGAAGGAGUGUGUCUGCAUAUCCACCUUUUAAGUGACUGUGUUGCCUCAGUUUAAGUUCAUGUUGACACUGUUUGGUGAUCACUGGGUUUGAGUACUCUUUUCUUCAAUCACAUGUCUGUGGUAGGUUAUGAUUAUCAGUUUAUGUGAAUGUUUGUCUGGCCAUUUCACCUUACAUUAGAAUAAUUUGUUUCUAACUUUGGUUUUUGUCUAAGUGCUUCCGCUAUGCUAUGUUCUACAAUUUCCCAACCUUGUGUUACUUUCUCUGUGCAAACUGUGAUCUUAUUUAAACGUCUUCUCCAGUAGCACUCCAAUCCCAUAAUCAUGUUCACACAGUAUUAUUUGCUUUCUGUAAACUCACUUUCUCUCUUGUUGAAUUAAUACAGUACCACACACUGAGCGCUUGAUUCGUCUCAUCUUUCAGGUGGAAUUGCAUUGAAUUGCUGUUGUACAGACAGCUUCUGUACUCCCAAUCCUACACUGAGCCCUGUAAACAGGGAAAACAUGACUGUUCUCAGAUCAGCAGCAGUGGGUCUCUUGCUCCCCAUUUCUCUAGCUCUUAGCUGUGCAAAAGCAGGCACAAUUUAAAUGGCAAAUUAAACAGCAUUUAGUCCUCGUUGAGAACGCCAUGUCUCUAUGGCAGCUGAUCAGAAUUGCGUUUAUUAAAUUAGACAAAGUUAAGGGGGAUCGGGAGGCUUGGCAAAACUGUCAGCUCUCCAGCUGGUUAGACAGAGACACUGCCACAUGAAUGCAGAAGCUGCUGCUGCAUGGUUUCACAAGCAGGUUAUAGAUGUUGAGGUGCUGCUUCUGAAGCUUCCACACCAUGCUCCUUUUUCCUAAAAUGAUUUUUACUAAACUGAAAUCUCCUACUUCCUUUCUUCUCCUAGUUUUCCACUCAUAGCUAGUUUUUUGAGUAAGGUUAUUGUAACAGAUUUUUAUUGGUCAUAUUUAAGAAUAGUUUUAUUUUUCUGUUAGUUAUAUAUUUACUUAUACUUAUGAUAUGAUAUAGUACAUUAUGCCAAGCAUGUAUUUUAUCUGUUUUGCAUCUGUAGCCCAUCUGUAGAGGUCACACCCUGGUCCCUUCCAGUUAUCCUGGUCAUCUCCAUCUGCUUCAUAAAUAUUGACACCCUUGUUGUGUCUCCUUUUGUUAUUAUUUUUUGUAGACCAGGCUGUUCACUUUAAUAUGUCUAGAUGCAGUGAGCUUUGAAUCAAACCUCUCAAUUCUUUUCAUUAUUAUCUAUCUCUACUGAAAGCUCUCCUUUUUUUUAAGCCCCGACCCCUUUAUUAAAGCUCUGUAAUCCAUUCCACCAGUCAGGACUCAGAAGUCCCAAGCAAUUUGGUUCCUUCUCAAUACCCCAGAGUUCCCUGUUUCAAUAAUCCAAAAGGUGAAGUAUAAUGAACAACUGCAGGCCUGGAUGCAAAACAAAUACAUUCCUAGUAUUUAAUAUAGAGCGCAAAAAAAGCUCAAUAAAAUGUCAGUCUAGUUUCCGGAAGAUGUGUGGACAUGAUUUUUUUUUUUCCAUGGGAAUCUGCAGCAGUACUAUCGUGUUAGAGUUGACGCUAAUAGGUUAUAAGCAGUGGCCAUCGGCUAUCUUGCUCUCUUGUUUGGUCAUGCUCUACUUCCUCAGAUAAGGUCUGGCAGGAGGUUUUUGCCAUUACAGGAGUCAUUUGCUCCUUCCACUGUAUGGCCUGGAAAAUGGGGACAAGUGUGCACACCCUGUGAAUGGUGUGUGCGUUUUUGGAAGGGAUGUACUAAAAGGAGGAGAGUGUCAAAGGCUAAUUUCCAGAGCUGCUCCUGGGUUGCCAUCUCUCAUUGAAGGGUGAGCGGCUUGCGUGUUGUCAUGGAUACUGAAGCAUGGCACCCCAGAGAAGGCAAGCAGGGGGACAAAUGGCCGCCUUCCUUAUAGGAUUCCUGUCGGCCAGCCUCUGAUAGAUGGCCUUGAUGGGCCAUUUGUCAUACUGUAAUUGUUCCAGCAAACACGAAAUACCCACUAGUAUAAACAGUGGUGUGCAGCGUUGCUAAUAAAGUGGAGUACCAGUGGAAGGAAACUGUGAUACACUGCUGCCCUUGGUUAAAGAGACAAUGCCUCUUUUGUUUCGGCCUUUGGCUGAUUGGACCACAGUGUGGGGUGGGGGGGCAUGAAGAGAGAGAAAAAGGCAAUCAUAUAGAAUACUGCCAUUACUCAUCAGUAUUGACAUAGCGAAGUGGGGAACCAACAGUGAUGGUUUUUGGAACCACAGUAGCAGUUUUAGGAGUGAUUUAUUUUGUUUCAGUUUGGCAGGGAAAUAUCCUAGAAGAGAGCCUAUCAAAAUGAUGCAGGGAAACAGACCUAAACCUGAGUGUUAUUCAGUAUUACUAUAUUAUAUUACUCUCCUGGUAGACCUCUACGUAAAGUACAAAUUACACUUGCUACACAGUUCCCAUUUGUUUGCACUUGCAUUAGCAUUAGUUUUAUGUCCUCUGAGGUGUUAUUGAGAGUAAUUUUUGUUUAAAUUACUGUCGUGUGCACACACAAGCUUUGCCAGGCCUUGACUGGGUUCUUCCUAUAUGAAUAUCUUGAUAGAGUAGGGAAAACCACAUGAAUUUACACAUGUGAACUGUGUUUCCUUUAGGCUGCAAAUCUAAUGUAAAUGGACACCAAAACCUUUACCCUGUGGACAAAGUAGCACAGAUGUACAUGAUCUACUGUUCAAAAAAUAACUCAUUUAAAAUAAACUGUAUAUGUAAAAUGCACUUCAAAUGCACUGUCUUAUUCCAAAAUACAUUUUAAAUACGGAAACGUAUUUCAAGAAAUAUUUUCUAAAUAAUAAAAUGAAAACGACAGUAAAUAAAGAUUCUUGUGUAUGUUAUCCUUAUCAAAUAAUAUAAACAUUUAAAUGAAAUUAUCAUUUGUCAUAGUAAAAAUCCUUUGAUAAAUCUAAAUAAAACAUAUUGAUAUAUGUACAGAUUUUGAGGACAAAUCAGAUUUUUAGACAACUUGAAUGCCAUGGAAUUUAACCUUUAACAUUAGUCCUGUCUGAAAUCAAAUUUAAUACAGUUCUCUGUAUAUAAUCAGCUGUAAUAUUUUAGUAUUAAAGCGCUAAUAUAUUCUCAUCAGGCAAUAUUAUACUGUUAAAAUGUCGUCUAUUUUACACAUUUUGUAUUUUACACAUGUACAUUUUAAACUUAUACGAAAUGAGUUGUCAACAGCUAGUGCAAAUGUACUGUGUCUACUUUGAUAGAGCACUUAUACUCUCUCUCUUCAUUUCUUUGUGCCCUUGUAUCUCAAUUAUCCUCUCUCUUGUGGAAUGCUGAGAAUGUUGAAAUAAUGGAGAGUAUGUGUGUGUGCACCUUGUGUCCCAUGACUCUUAUUCCUGGAGAAAUGUUUGUGUGAUGGACUGGCCACCGCUGUAGUGCAACCUCUCGCAUCUGUCCUGACAUACUGCGGCCCUGGAGCACUUUACAGUGACCCCUCCUCUCACCUUCUCUCUGAUGGACAGUUUAAAGCAUCAUUAAGUAUAAUUACUAUUUCAACAGAGGAGUCAAGAGAAACUCACAUUGGAAGAAAUUAUUCUAAAUUGCUCGCAUCGCACAUCCUACCCCACAAAAUACAUUUAAAUUUUACUUUUUUUUUCUUGUAGCACUUCAGUUACACACUGUGUGCUUGUUUGCUAUCUAAUGUCUGUAGUUGUUGCAUAUGGUUUGAUAGAUUAUAAUGGAUAUAUACACCGACUGGCCACUUAAUCACAUACAACUAUAUAUAGGUGGUAUUUGUACCACAGCACUGUUUAGUUCUUGAAUCAGGUGUGGAUUAAUUUUCUAUAACAGCUUGGCUCUGACAGUAGUGUUGGCUGUAACAUAAGUGAUAGGUUUAUGUUAAUGUACUCAUGUAAUGUAAUAUGUUAUCUUUCUACAGUAACUCAUACACAGGGAUUUGUAUGGUGGACAAUCCACAUAAUCUAAACCUAAUAAUAAUUGGAUUUAAUAAAAAGCAUGUUUUCAUUUAAAAAAUGAAUGGUGUAUGUAUCCACAUAAUCUAAAGCUAAUAAAAAUAGGAUUUAUUAACAAGCAUUUUUUUAUUUCAUUCAUGUAUAAUCACUUUGCUGAAGUUUUCUGUUAGGAGACAUUUAUGGAUAGAAUCUCGUGUGUCAGUGCUUUGUAACGGUCAGUAAGUUUUUCACCACAGGAGAGUUUUCAGGAUGGAGGAGGUUGCACUUUCAGUUUCUUGGUAACAUGAUAAGCUGCAGUUUUGUCUUAUUAAUUUAAAAUUAUAAAGGCUGAUGAGGGAGGGGCUGUUUAUAGCUUCUAUAGAGUAAGUAAUAAAUGGUUAAAAAGCAUGAUGUGUUGCUUAUUAAUAAAUAAAAAACUGUUCUUAAAAACCAGGCGUUCACCUGUUCACCUCCAGAGCUUGCUUGCCCAACCUCAACAUCACUCGCAAAUUUGUUCCUCCUUGGUGGUUCAUGUAAAACACCAUGGUGGUGUUGUCAGUUUGCACUAGUAUAGGUGACCUCCCCCUUUGUGGGGUCCGCACUACCCACAAAGAUUUUCAGUUUAAGGACAUUAAUACGCUGAUGUUGAGACUCAUUUUCCACCUUUCUUUUAUUUUCCCAUGCUCCUGCAGCCUUGCUGUGAGGCAUUUGUCCCUACAAAAUGGUAUGCAGUGCAACAUACCCAGUUUCAGUACUGGAGUAGCAAAUAGCAUGGCCUGUUAUGGGCUAUGUGCAGCCAUACUCAAUUUCUUGACUUCUACUACGUCUGUUGAGAUGUCUCCGUCGGGAAGGCUCGCAAAUUGAGCCUCAUGCCAUUCUAAAGAGUCAAAUCACUGUUUUUUUUGUGAUUGACUUUAGUCCUAGCUCUUCCACCUGUGAGAUCAGGACAUUUGUCUGGCUAAACACCUGCUGUAGGUACUGUCCACCAAGCUGCAAAUAUCCAGACAAAGCAGUAAGUGUAGACCAUGCCAUGGCUGGACUCUAAGGCAACUCGCGAUCACACACAAGGGAAGGUUAUGGAACUCUGCUGAUGCAACAACUGACAAACAUCCAGUAUUCCACUGCAAAUGAAAUGUGGAAAUGCAGCUUUCAGAUCUAUAGUAAUAACCAAUCAUAUUUGUUCACCACUCACAUUACAUCUGAUAUGUGUAGUGGACAGCAGUUGUGUUAAGAGAUCAUUUAGGCUUCUUGGAUCCAGAUUUGGACAGUUCCCACAUGCCUUUUUUUUGGAUUAGAAUUUAUCUUGUACCUGCCCAGAUGCAUUGGCCUAUAGAUUAUCUCUGUUGCCUGUUUCUGUAGUACUGACUGCACUUCUGCAAUCAGAAUAGACAGUUGGUGUGGGUCUUGGACCAAUGUUUUUGUUGGUAGUAGACAAUGAACUCUAAGUGACAAUGUAUUUUCAGAUACGAGGAAGAGAUUCCUCUACACUUUCGAUGUCUUGUGCCCUGUAAUCAUGCAAAGCAAUGUGCCUUUUUCUUCCAGGCAGCCUCUGCAGAUGGUCUACUGCUCCCUUCACUAAACAAGAGCAACAUAACGACAAAGGAAGAGGGAGCUAAAUUCAGUGGCAGCACAACUGGCUGGGCGACAGGAAGAGAGCGAGCACUCCCAUAAGCACGUGCUGGAGCUGAGCCGUGAGUUCAAGAAAAAUGUCCCUGAGGAAGUGCGGGAGAUGGUUUCUCCUGUCCUCAAGAGUUUCCAAGCCCAGGUUGUUGCCUUGAUCCAGCGCAGUAAGGAGGCAGAGUCUGCAUUUCUGGGAGUUUACAAACAGCUGAUAGAAGCCCCAGACCCUGCUCCAGUGCUGGAAGCCUCCUACUCGCUGGAGGAGCGUCUUUCCCAGCUGCAAAACAGUUGUCCAGACAGUGAGCUUCUGGUCAGAGAGAUCUCGGGCCACUGGAGAAGACACCUGGAGUGCCUUAACAGUGCAGAAAGUGUAGAAGAAAGCCCAGUAAGCAUACAGAGGGUAGAGGCUUCAGACCAACUGCCCCAUAUGAUGACCCCAAACAGCACACAGAGCCUCCAAGAUGGCGGCUUACCCCUUCUCAACCACCAAGGCCUGGAGGAAAGGGAAGCAGAUGAACCAGAUGCUCUGUCUGUCAGACUGGCUCAGGCUGAAGAGAGAAUCAAAACUCUCCAGUCAGCACUGAACAAAGCCCAGUCAGAGUUACAGGAGCUAAGGUGUCAAUACUACAAGGAAAUGGCUGCCAAAGCAGAGGAACUGGCCCAGCUCAAGACAAACUUGGAGAAGGCUAACCAGAGAGCAGAUUUGGCCCAGAGGGAGGUGGAGCGACUGAGGGACCAGCUAACCAGCAGUCGCAGCAUUUCUAAAGGGAGUGACGAGGGUCCCAGUGAGGGGAAAGGAGGGAGGGAUGAGAAAGACACGUGCUCACAAUCACGGCUAGAAGCAGUGCUCUUCUCUAAAGAUAGAGAGAUUCUCCGCCUGCUUGAGAAUGUCCAGAGGUUGCAGUUCACUCUCCAGGAAGUACAGGACUCUUCAGCAAGUCAGCUAGCAGAUCUUGAACAUCAGCUGGCCUAUAAGACAGAGGCUAUUGAAAAAUUAGAGGUUAAACUGCAGUCUCAGUUAGACUAUGAAGAAAUCAAAACUGAACUCAGCAUUCUUAAAGCAAUGAAACUAACAUCAGCAAAUGGGAGCUCUUCCCAGGACUCUGACAAAGUUGCAGAGGCUUUGUUGCUUGACAAACAGACUUUUUUACACUCCAACAAAUUUGUGACGGACAAAGCCAGAGUCCUACAGAGUUCUGAUGAAGAGCAAUCAGAUGGUUCCAGCAGGGAUUUGGGGCGCCCCAUGAGCUCAUACUCCUCCCCUCCAGGAGUGUUACCAAUAGACAGCCAUUCCUCCUCCAGUCCGGGACCACCCAAUCCUGACGGGACCUCCGGGACCCAUGAGCUCCCACGAUCUUUCUCUGCAUCAUCUUUCUCAAGUGAGAAACAUGCUACAGGUCCCCUCUUGCAGAAGCAGCUCCUCUCUCCUCACUUUAAAAAGGAUGCCACCUCACUCAUGGCCUUCCCCACCGCCCUGUUUGCUGCAAAAGCUGCCCUCAUGUCAGCCAAUCCAGGCUCUUCAGGGCCCUCGGUGAUGGAAACUGGCUUAGCCAGUGACCAAUCAGAGUGUGGGAGCUCAGGAGGUGGGGACGAGGACCAGCUAGACACAGCAGAGAUAGCCUAUCAAGUGAAAGAGCAGCUUCUCAAACAUAACAUUGGUCAGCGGGUGUUUGGGCACUACGUGUUGGGCCUCUCCCAAGGCUCCGUCAGUGAGAUUCUGGCUCGGCCCAAACCAUGGAGGAAGCUGACAGUCAAAGGCAAGGAGCCCUUCAUCAAGAUGAAGCAGUUCCUGUCUGAUGAACAGAACAUCCUGGCCUUGCGCACAAUCCAAGUUCGCCAGAGAGGGAGUAUCACUCCUCGCAUCCGAACUCCAGAAACUGGGUCAGAUGACGCCAUUAAGAACAUUCUGGAACAGGCUAAGAAAGAGAUCCAGUCCCAGCGAGGAGGUGAUGGUAAGUCCUCUCUGGGAUCUUCUACAGGGCGCAGCAGCAGUGGUGGAGGCAGUAAUUCAGACGAGACUAUUAAGAGCAUCUUGGAGCAGGCGCGACGGGAGAUGCAGGCACAACAGCAAGCCCUGCUUGAGCUGGAGGCCAGCAGCCAGAGUCUGUGCUCGCAGGAGCCCCACAAAACUCUGCCUGGCCCUAUGCCCUCCUACAUCAAGCAAGAAGAGGGAAGCACCAUGCCCGUGUGCCCAUCCAACUCCAUCGGCAGCCCCCAGACCCCCCUCAGCGUUCUGUCUCCUGCUGCUUUUGUCCAAAACAUUAUCCGUAAGGUGAAGUCGGAAAUCGGCGAGGCUGGAACAUAUUUUGACCAGCACUGGUCUCGUCCCUUCACCUCUGUCUCACCCUCACUCUCCUCUUCCUCGUCCUCUGUGCCCUCCACAGUGCCCCGGGCUUGGAAUGUGGAAUGCCCCCCGGGCACAGAGGAGGGGCCAGGCACUGAGGAAGAUGAACCUCCAGCAAGCCGGCCUGUGAAAGUCGAGCCAGAAGUGUGUGUAAGCGGGGAGCAGGCUGCAUGUGGAGGAGCACGGAUGAGCUACUAUCCUUCCUACAUUCCUCGCACUCUGAAGCCCACUGUGCCACCACUCACGCCUGAGCAGUAUGAGAUGUAUAUGUAUCGUGAGGUGGAUACCAUAGAACUCACACGCCAGGUCAAGGAGAAGCUGGCCAAGAAUGGCAUUUGUCAGCGGAUUUUUGGAGAAAAGGUACUGGGCCUUUCUCAGGGUAGCGUGAGUGACAUGCUGUCUAGACCCAAACCCUGGAGCAAGCUCACACAGAAGGGACGAGAGCCUUUUAUUCGCAUGCAGCUGUGGCUUCUGGACCAGUUAGGACAGAGCCUCCAUCAGCAGUCCAGCCACAGCCACAACCACGACAAAAGCCCAGUGACAUCUCACUCUUCACCAUCCCCUCCACUCAGCCCAGAGGACAGCCAACCCAGUAUGCCUCUGGAGCCAGUGAGUUUGGUGCUGGAGAGCAGCAAGGAGAACCAGCACCCUCACCCACAGCACACAGAACCUCACGGCGUGAAGGGCACAGCAGGCAUAUUGGCACUUCAGCAGCCUCACAUUCCACUAGGCAUUCAGGAGCUGGUGGCCAUGUCGCCUGAGCUUGACACAUACGCUAUAACCAAGAGGGUCAAGGAGGUGCUGACUGACAACAACCUAGGUCAGCGUCUGUUUGGCGAGAGUAUCUUAGGUCUUACACAAGGCUCCGUCUCUGACCUGCUGUCCAGGCCCAAACCGUGGCAUAAGCUGAGUCUAAAGGGCAGAGAGCCCUUCGUGCGCAUGCAGCUGUGGUUAAAUGACCCACACAAUGUGGACAAACUGAGAGAUAUGAAGAAGAUGGAGAAAAAAGCAUACCUGAAGCGCAGAUAUGGCCUGUUGAGUCCUGGAUCAGACACCGACUCUCCGGGACCACGUUCAGACUCCAUUAGCCCAGGCCUUGCCCAAGUGGAGGUGUGUUCCUACAGCCAAGCUAAGAAGCCCAGAGUAGUGCUAAAUGCAGAGGAGAAGGAGGCUCUGAGGAAGGCGUAUCUGCAGGAGCCCUACCCAUCCCAGCACACCAUUGAGAUACUGGCCACCCAGCUCAAUCUCAAGACCAACACUGUCAUCAACUGGUUUCACAACUACAGCAGGUCUCGAAUGCGGCGUGAGGUCCUUGUGGAAGGUCCUCAGGACAACGAUGCUGAUGUGGAGCAUAACUUCUCUCCUUCGGUGAGCUGCAGUCCCAUUUCAGAUGUAGAUGAAAGGAAAAAAGCCCAUACAAUCUGCAAUGGCCCCACAAUGCUCAGUGUCAAACAAGAAGUAGAGGAAGAGGAGGAGAAGCUGCAUAUCAGGCAGGGUACAUGCUCUUCCAUGGCUGCGCAUUUAACUGAGAUGAAGACUGAAGAGGAGCAGACGUCUGGCAACAGGGACUUGACAUGUUGUCCUCAAAGUCUUAGGCAGGAAGAAGCUUGCAUCCCCAAACUCCUUUCUGGUUCCGUUUCCUCAGACAACAUUCAGAAAAGCAACACAGCCAUGCUUGAAGGUGAAAGUAAAUCACCGGUGGACCCGGUGAGCUUCAAGGCAUCAUCAGAGACAUGCCGCAGCAGCCUGGAGGUGUCCCUCGACUCACCCUCGGCUGCCUCCUCUCCCGGCCUCAUGAUGUCUGUCUCACCUGUGCCGUCCUCUUCUGCCCCCAUUUCUCCAUCUCAGGCCCUCCAUUCCAACACCAAGAUCAGCAAGAGCACACAGAGGCGUGAUGAGAAAAUGGCCAACCUUAGCAACAUCAUCCAUCGACUUGAACGAGCGGCCAAUCGCGAAGAGGCGCUGGACUGGGAGUUCUAGAACUUGAAGCUUAUUAAUACUCUGAAUCCCUGAAGAGGGUUUUCUCACUCCUGAAGCUUUUGCCUGUCACAUUUGCCUGUCAUCAGGAACACAGGAAGUUAUAUUCUCCAGCCCACAGAUAAAAUAUUGUCCUGUUAAAGACUUUCUGAGACUUUAAACAAAUAAUAUUUAUAAACAUGUUUUAGGUAUUUUGAUAAAGGUAUCCUACUUUGAGUUAUAUGUUACAGCACUAGCUGUCAUGUUUUAAACCAAGGAGGAAAGAGAUACUUGGAUGAGAAGACAUUGCAGCUAUGGUGUCAUGAAAUGCACACUGAAGUUCUAUAGAUUGCCACUGGGUGAGAUUAUUUCAAAGUGAGACCUCUGUCUUAAGCCAUCAAAAGCACUACUUAUUUAAAAAAAAAAAAAGGACUCUGACCAAAUUUGCUACUUUUUGAAUAGCAUUUUUUCAGAUUUUGUCUGUAAAACGGGACAGUUAAAGUCAAAUAAUGUUGAGAACUUUAUACUGACUUGAGGGAUAGUCCUUAAAGACUCUAAAUAUUGAACAAUACAUAUGUACUUAGUUUCUUGUUGACAUGUUUUGGAACAUUUGUUACACAAGCGUAUAAUGUGUGGUUGUACGUGCUGUAGAAAUUGUCUGCAAUAGCCUUUCUCCAAACAAGAUGUAGCAUGGUACUCAAAUUACCCUCUUAUCCUCUAUAGAUAGUAUCCUGUGAUAUACUUGAGCGAUAAAAGUGAAAUCAUCUGAAACUUAAGCAAAAAAAAAAAAAAAAAAAAGAAAAAACUAGAAAAAAGGGAUUGUAAGAAAAAUAUUAUUGAUAUAAUAUUUUCAGUGAAGCUGUUAUUUUUGGGGUUUUACUUUGUUUCCUUUAAGGACUCGUAAAGGUUUACUGUAGGGCCUUUUUGUGCACUUGGAAGCAAGUGAGCCAUUUGAAAUUUUUGAGCAAUGUCUUCACUAAUUCAUAUUGCAUUUACCUCACUCUUCCUCUGAUGCACUGAUCUCUCACACACAUGGGGCAAGCCAGUGGGCAUAACUCAGCAUUAUGCUUCUGAACUGAGGAUCUGAUCCCUACAGUUCAGAAUUCUAUGCCCAAAUGUUCUACCAAUAUGAUUUAAACAAUAAUUCAAUAAUGAUGUAAUAUAAGCUUGAACCAAGUCUCAAAGACCAAUACCACAGGACGUGACAGGGGUAGCUUUUUCACUGGGAAUAUUUUAGCAUGCAUAUAUUUUAAACUAACCAUUUAAACCUGUUUCAUUGGUAGGCACUAAUAAGUUUAGGAAUCCUGCCCUUCUCCGCACAUGUAGUCACUUUCAUGCUUGUUGGUCCUCUAGGAUUUAUCCCAUUUAUCCCAUAUGUGAGUGUGUGUCAUGGCAAACAUAGGCAGCAGCUACACCCUUAUAAAUAGAUAUCAUUUAAUAUAUACCUCUAUCACUGACUUAUUGUAUUUUUGCAUGGGCUGUCCAAUACCACAAGAAGAUGUGCUGUAAUGUGGGUGUCCUCAUCAUGUCUGUCCCUGAGAACUGAAAUCAGAAUAGGCACACUUGAACUUUUUACAUAAGUAGAGUAAAUACACUGUACUUGUGUAAUAAAUGUAGAGGUUGUAAUAACACUGAGAAGUACACAAAGUUUUUCAUAGAAAUGGGACAGUUCAGACAAAUCUCCUGCUUCUAGAAGCUUUGUGUACUACUCCACAAUUUUGCAACCUUUACAUUUUAAAUAUGCAUAUACGUAAAAGCAUACAUUAGGGUGCUUUCAUACUAGGCGUUUUUUUCUACAGAAAAAGUGCUGGCUAUAGCGCCUUUUGUGUUGAGAUGAAAAAAGCAGCUCACUCUGGUGAUGAGGAGGCUGUGACUUUGGAGGUAGAAAAUCAAAAGAAGGAGAGCUGCUUGUGAAACUUGAAUGUAAAAAUAGCCAAGUUGUUAUUUUUAGUUGUAGUGCAAAGUUGGAAUAUUAGCAAUGAAAUAUUUUUUGAUUCACUCUGUAGUAAAUCACAUUAAAUUUUUUUCACUAGCACUCUGUCCUCCAUAUUUGAUUGUGGCAUAACUUGAGGCCUGAUUGGUUGGGAGGUUAAAAAAAAAAAAAAAUCACUCAUCACUCAGCGCUUUUCUGAACAGUUUAUUUCUCCACUGUGGCCAAAAACACACCAGCGGCAGUGGCACUUCCUGAAGGAUUACAUGUAAAAUGUGUGCUGGUGUUUGAGGAAAAAACAAAGUGUAGUGUGAAAGCAGCCUUAUGUGACACAUUGAUUGGGGUCAGAAAAGGGGCAAAAUUAAAUUACAUCACAUAGAUUCUAAAGUUGUUUAAUCCCUCGAGACAGGAGAUUUUGCAGAGUUUAGUUUCAAUGGACUUCAGAAGCUAAAACAGGACUUGAAACUAGAGAGCUGUGUUAAUACACUGGUGUCAGAAUGAAUUUUGCAAUUGGAUGCAUUUAUGAAACAUGUCAGACGGGGGAAAUCCUACUGGCAGUUUUAACAAAAACAAAUUUAGUGACUUCUCAAAUUCUCCAUUCAGUCAACUUCUAAACUAUUAAGCGCUUAAACUAUUUUUUUUUUCACUUAUUCUUUAAGUAAUUCAUAAAUUUGCCUGAACUUUGGGGGCAUUUCGCUGCUGGGUACUAAAAUAUUUUGAAAACCUUUUUUUUUUUUUUUUUCUUUUUUUUUGACACAAAUACAAGUGUUUUGCUACUGAGUUUAGUUUUUCUUUAUAUUUUCUUGGUAGAUGUAGGUCUUCAAUACCUCAUAUAAGAACUGCUUUACAGCACUUACUGUUUUUUUUUAAUUGAAUAUUUGAGAUUAGUGGAAAUAUGAAAACUGUUCUAACUUUUUGUUCCACAGGUCUUUGCCUUGAUGUAUUGUUGAAGUUGAUAGUAAAACACUUGCACAUGUCUUAUUAGUACUGAGGACUGAUAUAAUAAACACAUGUAUAGAUAUAUGAAUAUUACACAUUUACUGGGAAAUAAUAUCUUAGGGUUCUUGUCACUAGUGUGCUGAUGUAUUUAAAUAGAGUGUACAGUUAUAUUAACCAAACACACAGAGUCAGACCUCGUUUGGCAAAGUUGCCCCUGUUCUAGAACCUUCUCUCAGGGUUAUGUAGCUUCUUUAAGCUUUAUCAAACCAGUCAGGUCACAUUGCUGGUUAGCUUAAACUGUUCAUGGCUUCUGCUUGAUUUUCCUACAACACAGAGUGAUUUUAUUUAGAGCCUAAUUUCUCUGUGUUCUUCACAAUUUCUAGCAAUUGGAGCAUAAUUGUUACCUGAGAAUAAGAUCAACUAACAGCUGAAAUUGGGAUACUGAAAGAGCAUGUAUGUGUGUGCUUAUUCUAAGCUAAUCUCGUAGUCUUCAGUAGUUUAUCAAAACAAUGUAAAAAAAAUUUUUAGCUGAUUUUCUCCAAGCAUGUUAGUUUGUUUAAAAGUACCUUGUCUUACAAAUUGUGUAUCAUAUUUCAAGGUAUGUACCACACCCAUAAAUAAUUUUGACGCCAUUAUCUAACAUGAUAAAGCAUAAUAGUUAUACAGUUAUAUACAUAUAACUAUUUCAGCUCUGAUCACAGUAUACCAUCAUACCAGUCAUUCCAGGCCUGUGUUUAUGUCAGAGAACAUUUCAGAUAAUCUAAUGGGUAUGUGCUUUUGGCAAGCUAAACAAGAAUAAAUGGUGGUACUUCAUGACUGUUGCAUUGUGUGAAAACUGCAAAAAAAAAAAAAAAUAAUAAUAAUAAUUCCAGGCAGGCUGUAAUUCUCUUUAUUCAGGAGGGAGUCCACUGGACAGUUAUGUAACACAAGACUGGUCUCUUCUGAAUACUGACACUGCCCACUUACUCCCUGCAGCAGAGAUGAUUCAUAACAGCAAGAAAAAUGCCGUCACUUGAAUGAAAGUAAAUUUCCUUCCAAUACUCUAUUUUAAUUUAGUUCUAUUUUAAUUAUGACUUUACCUUAGAUUUAUUUUUUUUGCAUACAGUUUUGUACCAUCAUGAAGAAAUAGUAUACUGACUUUUGUGUUUCCUGUAAUCUCAAGUAAUCACUUGUUGGGGAUUGGUUCCCUGCAUGCCAUAACUGGAAUUUGUAAGGACUUAUGGCAAUGCUCAAAUAGUAACAGGAGUUAUCUCAAAAUUAUUUUAGCCAUAAAGAUUCUGUUAAUUUUGGUGCUUGGGUAUAUUUUAACAUAUCUUAAAACUCCCUUAAACAGUCUUCGAGACAAGUUAUAAAUUAGAAAUAAAUCACACACUUUACUUGUGUGAAAGUGAAAUUAGCGCUGAAAUGUCCUUAUUGAUAUGUGAAAUAUGGCUCCUGCAGAAGGCAAUACUUUCUGACCAUUAAAAAUAAGGUAGUGGGCUGAAAGUGUAAGAGACAUUUUCCCCUCCUUCCCUUUCCUGUGAAAUAUUCCCAUUUUGACGCACAUCUUACAUGUCACGUGUCUCAGUCAUAUGUAUCAAGCCAUUGUUGAAUACAGUACAUUGUUAUAUAAAA